AUGGCCUCCGCGACGGGGGGUUCCUCCUCGGAGAUGGCGGUGGACCACCCGACGGGGCCGGGCGCCGCCGUGGAGAAGCCGCGGUUCGAUGCUCUGAUGCCGAGUGAGAUGAGCGGCGGGAGGCCCCAGUUCCGAAAAGUGCCCGUGCCGCAGCACCGGUUCGCGCCGCUCAAGCGAUGCUGGAUGGAAAUCUACACACCCGUAUACGAGCACAUGAAGAUCGACAUACGCAUGAACCUCAAGGCAAGGAGGGUGGAGCUAAAGACAAGGCAAGACACACCAGAUGUCAGCAACCUUCAGAAAUGUGCGGACUUUGCGCAUGCUUUUAUGCUUGGGUUCGACAUUGCUGAUGCCGUUGCCUUGCUGCGUCUUGAUGACCUGUAUGUGGAUUCCUUUGAGAUCAAGGAUGUGAAGACCCUGCGAGGGGAGCAUCUGUCACGUGCUAUCGGCCGCUUAUCAGGGAAAGGAGGCAAGACCAAGUACGCCAUUGAGAACUCUACCAGGACCCGCAUCGUUAUCGCUGAUACAAAGAUCCAUAUACUUGGAUCCUUCGUUAACAUCAAGGUCGCACGAGAUUCGCUUUGCAGUCUCAUCUUGGGUUCUCCUGCUGGCAAAGUGUAUUCUAAGCUAAGGGCUGUAUCAGCUAGGUUGGCGGAAAGGUAUUAA